GUGAUUGAUCCACAGACCACCACACUGCUUUGGAUUUGAAAUGGUUUUGUUGUUAAAGAAAUAGAGGUUUAGGGUUUGAGGUCGACCUUAUAGAAAUCACACCCUUUCUAGAAAACAUUUUCACUCGAACCUCAUGCGCCAGAGAAAUGCCAAAACCAAAUCAGUCCUAAAUUUCUAUUUGAUUCCUCGUCCUAAUCAGCCAGUUAGAAUCACCGGGUUUUAUAACAGUAGGCAAAACUCCAAACCUCUGAGCAUUUAACCUCAAAACUCUGAACCUCCAAGCCUUUAACCUAAUUUGCAAGUCUCUAACCCUUUCGCUCAGAACCCUACCAAGUCAACCAUCCAUUGCCACUCGCCCCAACGAAGCUCAAUCUGCAGUAACUCCUGUCCUCCUUGCCUCAGGUUUAUUCCCCUUAUUGCCCCCAUUGCCGCAAGCUAAGAGCUCAUAGAAAGCUACACAUCAACAUUACCAAAGAGGCAAAAAUAACAGCACCAUGCUUUAUUAAAUAGGGUUCUCAGCUUUCAGUCUACCAAUUUUCACUUUUUCCCAGAUUCCAGAAAGUCAGCAGCAGGGAGAAUCCUAGGGAAAUUGCAGAGAAAGUUAUCAAACGCACCCUAAACCUGCAAUCCCUUUCCAGAUCCCCAUGGGAGAAGAUAGCCAUGCUCAGACAGUGUGCGAGCGCAAGCGCAAGAAACUCAAGGUAGAACUCGACGUUGCAGAGGCUUUGGAUUCUUACAUCGCGCCCUGUGUGGGGUACUUUCCCUCUGGUUUUGAUCCUUUAAGGCACAACAAAAAUGACGGUGAGCUGAAAAUUAAGGCAUAUCGGGCCGUACCCAAUUACAAGUCCUGGUGCAUGCAAGUUGUUGUGAGCCCCGAAGGCUCCAAUGUGGACUUUGUCGGCACGAAUUAUACAGGUGAAGCAGCUGUUUCCCAAUCCUGCAGCUAUGCCUUAGGUGUUCUUGACAAAGAGAAACAAAUCCUAACUGUUGUUCCCAUUGCUGGAGACAAGGUUUUUAGAAUGGAACCAAGAGUUAGAGGGCUACAAUAUGAAGAUGCAGUAUAUGAAGAGCCAAAGGAAGUGGAGAACACCCCGCAAAUUAAGAGGUCGGACAAGAUCCGGAAUCUGACCCUAAACUUUGGAACACGACAAGCUAAACACUCUGUAUGAAUCUAUCUUUUUUCUUU